CUAAUAGGGAGGAGGGACUAUCCCUCGCGAGUCGUGACAAACCCCCCCCAGAAACAAGAGAAGCUCCAAAAUAAUACUCCACCGACCACCAACAAGGCAACAGCACCCCUACCCACCCCCGUUUUCGAUCUUCGGCAUCUGAUCUCCUUCCCCACACCAGAUCAGAUCCAUGGACGAAGGCGACGACGACCACCACCAAACCCUUGAAAACGGCGGAGGAGGAGGCACGAGCAUCCACAUAACGGCGCUGGACGGCGUCGUCAACGUGAACUCGCUCUUCACCCUGGCGGCGUUCGUGGGGCUGGCGUGGAACCCCUCGGCCGGGGCCACCCCGGGCGCCGCCCCCUGCGACGUCGACUUCGGGAAGCUCGAGUCCGACCUCGUCUCCUUCCACGUCCUCGCCUUCGCCUGCUUCCUCUUCUCCAGCCUCGUCGCCCUCUGCCUCAAGCAGGCCAUCCGCGCCCACCACCCCCGCCGCCGCAGCCGCCACGCGGGCGCCGCGCGGGUCGACCGCGCGGCGCUGCGCGGCGGCAUCAUCGCGUGCGCCGCGGGCUCGGUGUUCGGGUGCGGCUUCCUCAUGCUGGCGCUCGUCAACCUCGUCCAGAUCAAGCUCGGCAGGAUCGGCGCCGCCGUCGCCCCGCUCGUCACCCUCGUCCCCGCCGCCAUGCUCGUCUACACCGCCAUCGUCCUCUACGCCUUCACUCGCUGACCCCCCCCACCUCUUUCACUCUUCAGAUCCCCAAUAUAUACCUCGAUGCUUUUAUUACAGUUUUAUCCAUCUCUACUUUGUAGUCUGAGAGGCUUUCCGAUAGAUGUACGAUUAUUAUUUGUCGAUGCGGAACAUUAUUGGUGCACAAAUUUGCCACCCAUUUUUCUGAGGGUA